AUGUCACUAGACCUAUUCAGCAAGCCCGGAGCAACCAGUUAUUUGCAAAAUGGAGCUAACAACCCUCAGGUCAUCACUGGAGGCCACUACGAUGUGGAUUGCUACGUGGAGGACCCUGCAGGGAACAUUCUCUACCGGGAGACCAAGAAACAGUACGACAGCUUCACGUACCGGACCGAGAUCAAGGGCGUUUAUCAGUUUUGCUUCAGUAAUGAGUUUUCCACCUUCUCCCACAAGACCGUCUACUUCGACUUUCAGGUGGGGGAUGAGCCCCCCAUUCUCCCAGACAUGGGGAGCAAGGUUACCGCGCUCACCCAGAUGGAGUCAGCGUGUGUCACCAUUCACGAGGCCCUGAAGACGGUUAUCGACUCCCAGACCCAUUACCGCCUGCGGGAGGCCCAGGACCGGGCCCGGGCUGAGGACCUGAACAGCCGCGUCUCUUACUGGUCAGUCGGCGAGACCAUUGCCCUGUUUGUGGUCAGCUUCAGUCAGGUCCUGCUGCUCAAAAGUUUCUUCACAGAAAAACGACCCAUCCACAAGGCAGUCCAUUCGUAGCUGGUGGCUCUGUGCCAGAGCCCCUGUGCCCUGCAUCCUCCCACCGCCAGGGCUGGUGUGUGACCCAGUACAUACACAGCUGCCAGAAGAGCACUGGCAGUCCACACACACGUCUGGCCCCUGCACCCCACUCGCCUUCAGGCAUCUGAUUACAUUGUGUCUGCAACAUCGACCACAAAGACAGCCGUAAGCUGGGGCUGGAACUCACACCUGUAAUCCCAGCCACUCAGCUGAGAUCUGAGGAUCACCAUUCAAAGCCAGCCC